UUCAGGUGAAUCACCUUCUGAUUCCUGCAGGUUCAGGAAAUGCUCUUCCGCAGUCAACAGAUCUCACCUACUCUCAGAUGUGAGUCACUUACUUUAGCGAGAGAGCAAGUUGCUCCAGUUGUUCCAAGCAGGACAAUCUGAAAGGGUGCCUCAGAGGACACUCUCAAGGAGGGUAGGGGAGAACCCACCUUCUCUGACAGGGAGAAAAAUGCUUAUUUUUCAUGCUGUACCAGAAAACCCACCUCUCUGUUAACCAUAGUUUCAAGGCUUAUUCUUAAUUAGAGUUGAGAAGCUUGUUCCAACUCGAAGACACCGUAUCAGGUGAAUGGACACCCAGACACCGCAAUGAAAGGACUCAAACCAGGGAUAGCCUAUGCCGAACCCUCCCCGCAGUCAUCCCCGAGUGUUUCCUGACACGUAUUUUUGCUUACAGUCCAUCACAACUGAAGAAUGGGGCUCAACUUGACACUUGCAAAAUUACCAGAUAAUGACCUGAACAGCCAAGGGAGUCACGCACCAAGUAACAUGAGCGAUGGACCCGGAAGGAACAUCACAGUUCACAACGAAUUUGACACUAUUGUCUUGCCUGUGCUUUACCUCAUUAUAUUUGUGGCAAGCAUCUUGCUGAAUGGUCUAGCAGUGUGGAUCUUCUUCCACAUUAGGAAUAAAACCAGCUUCAUAUUUUAUCUAAAAAACAUAGUGGUUGCUGACCUCAUAAUGACACUGACAUUUCCAUUUCGAAUAGUGCAUGAUGCAGGAUUUGGACCUUGGUACUUCAAGUUUAUCCUCUGCAGAUACACUUCAGUUUUAUUUUAUGCGAACAUGUAUACUUCCAUCGUAUUUCUUGGGCUGAUAAGCAUUGAUCGCUAUCUGAAGGUGGUGAAGCCAUUUGGGGACUCUCGAAUGUAUAGCAUAACCUUUACUAAGGUUUUAUCUAUUUGUGUUUGGGUUAUCAUGGCUGUUCUGUCCUUGCCAAACAUCAUUCUAACAAAUGGCCAACUAACCAAGGAAAAUGUUCAUGACUGCAUGAAACUUAAAAGUCCCUUGGGAGUCAAAUGGCAUGAAGCAGUCAUUUAUGUCAACAGCUGCUUAUUUGUGGCUGUGCUGGUGAUUCUAAUCGGAUGUUACAUAGCCAUAUCCAGGUACAUCCAUAAAUCCAGCAAGCAAUUCAUAAGCCAGUCAAGCCGAAAGCGGAAACAUAACCAGAGCAUAAGGGUGGUUGUGGCAGUGUUCUUCACCUGCUUUCUACCCUAUCACUUGUGCAGAAUUCCUUUUACUUUCAGUCACUUAGACAGACUUUUAGAUGAAUCUGCACACAAAAUUCUGUAUUACUGCAAAGAAAUGACACUUUUCCUAUCUGCGUGCAAUGUGUGCCUAGAUCCAAUCAUUUACUUUUUCAUGUGUAGGUCAUUUUCAAGAAGGCUAUUCAAAAAAUCCAACAUCAGAACCAGAAGCGAAAGCAUCAGGUCACUGCAAAGUGUCAGAAGAUCAGAAGUCCGCAUAUAUUAUGAUUACACAGAUGUGUAGGAGUUAAGGGGUCAGGAGGCCUACUCUUGUUUGCAGUCAAAGUGUACAGAGUGUAAAUAAAUGUUUCUUUUGAUUA